AUGGGACUCAAGGGCUCCAAACCUAAACUUUCCAAGGAGGACUUGGAGUUCCUCAAGAAGAACACUAACUUCACUGAAGAACAAAUCAAGGAGUGGUACAAGGGUUUCGUGCAAGACUGCCCAAAAGGACAUCUAACGAAGGAACAAUUUAUCAAAGUGUACAAGGAUUUCUUCCCAUCCGGAUCAGCUGAAGGAUUUUGUGAACAUGUGUUCCGAACGUUCGACACGGAUAAUAGCGGUUUCAUUGAUUUCAAAGAAUUCUUGCUAGCUAUCAAUGUGACCAGCUCCGGUACACCGGAGCAAAAACUCGAAUGGGCAUUCCGAAUGUACGAUAUUGAUGGGAACGGUACAAUCGAUGAGAAAGAGAUGAUUAAGAUUAUUGAGGCUAUCUAUGAGAUGUUGGGUCCGGAAGUCACAAAAUCGGCGGACGAUUCACCACGAAAGCGAGCUAAGAUGAUCUUUGAGAAGAUGGAUGUGAAUAACGACAAGGAACUGACGCUCAAGGAAUUCGUUGACGGUUGUCUCGCGGAUAAAGAGCUGUUCCAAAUCUUGACCAAUGAGGUCAAAAAGUAA